ACGUCUCGUGCAGUAUUUGUUAAUACUGUAGUUCCUAAUUAAUUCCAAUAAUGUAACACUGCUUGGUACUGUACAUACACACAUUAGAAUAUUUUAGAAUACAAAUGAAUUAGUGACAUUAUGCUAUAAAUCGGAAGGAGUAUGGUUAAAUAAAAUACUAACUAUGUACUAUUUCUCUUUCAUUAAGAGUGAACGUCAGAUACACACUCGUGCCCAGAGCGUCCCGCGCGUUCUGAUUGGUCGAAUCGCGUAUAAUUGACGUCGUCUUCAAGUUUUUUUUCAAGUUGUCAAACUCAACGAGUGAACUGCUCGUCUUCUUAUUGGAUGGAACGUGUUCAAGCGUUGCCAGCAGGUAACCGCUAGACCAAUCACAACACAACUUUCAUGUUUUCCCAACGACUGGGUUAUUCAUUCUUCCUUAUAUUGCCGAUUUCAGAGUGUGAAAUGAAAUAGAAGACCCAAAAAAAUCGUGUCAGAGUUUCACUCGUUAAAAAGCAGUAGUCUCAGCCUUGCAUCGAAUGCGGAAGUAAUGCGAGCUUUCGUUUUAAACAUUUGUCGUGUGCUCGAGUGUGUGUGUGUAUGAAAUAUUAGCCCAGCCCAACAGCCCUUCCUAUUCCCCUCCCUUUCCUCUAACACUCUCAGUCGGUUCGCCCGCAGCGCUUGCGUUCCCUCGGCCGGGUUUCACUCCAGAGAUGGCUGCGAAAGCGUGUAGAUCGGUCCUCCUCCUAUCCCGGAGCAGCGGAGCCGUAGCCUCUGCCUUUCCCGCAUUCGGUGUCUCCUCACAUCGACAUCACCGGAGCACAAGAACGGAGGCACUAUCUAUUCCUCUUGGAGGUCACCAGACUGUCAGGAGAGCGCAUGGUGUGAAAACUUUGACAGCCCAGGGCUGGAGAGGCUCUCCGUCAUGGCAGGGUCAAAGACUACUGUGUUCACCCGCUGCUACAGAAGAUGUUACAGUGGUGUAUCAGAACGGCUUGCCGGUGGUCUCUGUACGCCUGCCGUCCCGACGAGAGCGCUGCCAGUUCACCCUCAAACCCCUGACUGACACGGUGGGUGUUUUUCUUCAGCAUCUGCAGGCAGAAGACAGAGGCAUCGAUAGAGUCGCCAUCUACUCUACAGACGGAGCAAGGAUAGCGUCCUCUACAGGAGUUGAUAUUUUACUUUUGGACAACUUUAAGCUAGUCAUUAAUGACACAUCGUACGUAGUGCAGCCGCCCAGGAGAGAUCUGCUCCCGCACGAGGAUGCGGAUCGACUGAACGAUGUUAAGUUCUUAGUGCAGCAUCUCUACACCACUCUGCAUAUAGAAGACCAUCAGCUGAACAAAGAGAGAGAGCUGAUUGGACGACUGGAGGACCUUAACUCUCAGCUCCGCCCAUUGGAGAAGGUUAAAGAAGAGUUGAGUAAGAAAGCAGAACGCAGGACCACGUGGGUCCUCUGGGGUGGCAUGGCCUACAUGGCCACACAGUUUGGCAUUCUGGCACGUCUGACCUGGUGGGAGUACUCAUGGGAUAUCAUGGAGCCUGUGACAUAUUUUAUCACCUAUGGCACAGCCAUGGGCAUGUACGCCUACUUUGUGCUGACACGUCAGGAAUAUCUUUACCCAGACGCCAGAGACAGACAGUAUCUGCUGUUCUUUCAUAAGGGUGCGAAGAGAACACGCUUUGACAUUGAGAAGUACAACAAACUGAAGGAUACCAUUGCUGAGACGGAGUUGGAUCUAAAGCGUCUACGGGACCCGCUGCAGUUGAAUCUCCCCAUCCAGCAAGUCGAUGCCAGCGAGGACUGAUGACAACGUGAAGCUCUCACCUUGAUUUCAUUAUCUCCCUCCUCUCGAUUCCUUUUCUUUACCGUUUUAAUUUCUGCCACCUUUGUGUAAAACCAUAAUCACAGCAAGCUUUGGAGUUUUAUAUUAUCGUUUCGAUUGUUUUCUCUCGUUUCUUUAAAUUGCCAAGUCUAUGCAGAGGAGAAGGGGGCACCAUUAAAUGAAAGAAAAACGACAUCCCUGACAGAAUGCUGAUGACUUGAGCUUGCUAGUCAGAGUGCAUUUAUAACGCCACAGGACCGCAGAGAGACACGCAGCUUCCAGAACCUCCCUGCUACUGAGCAGAAAGCUGGGACAUUGACGGUACAUUGCUCGAGACGAUGACAACCUCCACGUCUUGCAUGACUCUGAGGUCUACAAACCAUCUGUCCUUGAACAGUUUUUUCCACAUUGGAGUACUUCUGAUAUUCCUGAUUUUGCAGAAGAGAUUUUUGGAUGCAUUGCUCUUUUCCAGCUCGGGAAAGAUGUGUUUACCAUCGAACCAGUCCUGUUACGGCUGAAACGCCACGUCGACACCUGCACCUAACAGCCUAAGCUAAACCCCUCCUGACUUCCCUUCUCGCUUUCUGUACGGACCUGAUAAAGCUGAAGACAGAUCUAACAGCUGAAAUAUCACUGUGUUCUCUUAUUCCAAAUACAAAAAAAAGAAUCAAAGAAAUUUUGGCACUUUUUAUUUUUGAAGCCAUAUUAUGUUUGAUAUUACGGUGAUGAAACGUAAUGAUUUUUUUGUUUGUUUUUAGUCAAUCACCCAACAUUUCACCUGCAAUGCCCUGCUAUUUUAUUCCUCAAGUGAAGCUCAAAUGGUCACUUUGUCACAUGUACACACACGCACACACCAUUAGUUUACAUUGUGAUGAGACACACAUGCACGUGAAUGCUUUGCAAAAUGUGCAAAGGUUUGUUUUGAUUUUUUUAGAUUCCUUCGUCACAUUUUAAUCAAUAUCAAGAUAAAUGAGCAAAACUGCAUAUCAAGGUUAUUUUAGUUUACUACAAUUAAAACUUUGAAUACGCUUCUGUUCAUUAAAAUCAAAUAAAAUGUUGACCUAAAAAUGAUUGGAAAAACUUAAACUAAAUGAAAAAUUGAAAUGUUAAAGCACUAAAAUUAUAAUAAUAAACAAAACAAUGAAUUAAUCUUAUAUAGCAAUAUAAAAAAUAAACAAAUAAAUUAUAAAAUGACAAAAGCAUAUACCAAAAUUGAUAAAACCUUUAACUAAAAUUAACAUCAAAAUCUAAAAAUUUGAAGCUAAUUGAAAACAUGAAUAAAACAAAAAUCAAAACUAUAAUAACUGUGCUGUAUAUGACAUGUUUUCAAAAAAAGUAUCCUGAGUUGAGUUUAUUUUUUGUUUCAUUGAUUUUUUUUAGGCAUAAACAUCUCAAAAUUGUAUUUGAUAUAUGCUUAGUAAGAAAAACAUACCCAAAACAAGCUACGUUGUCUAAAAACGAAUCUAAUGAUAAUACACAAGUAACCUUACUAACCAAAGUUACUUUGUUUUCCAGUAAAACGUUUUUUUCUCUACUAAUCGUUUUGAUUCUAAACUUCAUCAAUGACAUUUUCCCACAGUGCCUGACAUCAUCUGUGUGAUCAAACACUUGUUUAUCGACCCGAUCCAAUGCAAAAGUCACUGUGUACAAUUUUAAUCCUUUUUUAAAUCAUUUUUGUCAAGUUUCCAUCAAUGGUGUGGCGUUUUCAGCUGCAUAUACUGUAUCUGCCUCAAUAUGCCAAGAGUCUUUUGGACCAUGCCGAGAACGUGUAAUAUAUUAGACCCUAGAUUUAGCGUGUGUUUUGCACACUUUGUGGCAUGCUAUAGAGAGAGAUUGUCGCAUCCUUUGUCUGUAUGUGGUGUUCUUAGCAGAAAGGCCUUUGCAGCAUCAAUUUCAACAUGAUUUUUCAACAGUUUUGUCUCGCUUCAUCUUCAGUCCAUUGAUUAUGUAACAUUACAGUUAUAUACAGUAUGAGAGGUCUUUCUUUUGUUCCAAGAGAAACGGUCACCUUCGAUUCAGAGUGAUGUGAAAUGUACCCUUGUUCUCAAAGCAAAAUGAUCAAGAAUCUCAUUUUGCAUGUCUGACUGAAUGUGUUGGGAUGAAUGUGAUGUGUUGAAGGCCUCUCAAGAGGGCCCUCAACUCAUUUAACACUGCAAGGCUUUAUAAUGUAGGUGAUUUUCGAGAGAACAUGACCCAGCAGCUUUGAAGUAGAGAUGUUGCUUAAUCUGAGUUUGUCUGAUCAAACAAAUGAAGACAGCGAAUGGACGCAGUGUAUGACUGUGGUGUUGCCAAAUGUUCAGGAUCAAUAUCUGCUGUUGGUCCUGGAACAGCAUUCCCCAGCCAUGUACCCAAACUAAACCUAAGCCUUCUGAUCAGAAUGUUGUUCUAAAAUCUGAUUGAAUGAUCUAAUCUGAUUGAAUGAUCUAAUCUGAUUGAAUAAUCUGAAUAUUAUUCUAAAAUCUGAUUGGAUGAUCUGAGUUUUGAUCUAAAAUCUGAUUGAAUGAUCUGAAUUUUGUUCUAAAAUCUAACAUCUGACUGAAUGAUAUGAAAUCUGAUUCAAUGAUCAGAAAGCUGAUGGAAUGAUCAGAGUUUUGAUCUAAAAUCUGAUUGGAUGAGUUGAAUAUUGUUCUAAAAUCGGAUUGAUCUAAAUGUUGUUCUAAAAUUGGAUUGGAUGAUUUGAAAUCUUAUUGGAUGAUCUGAAUAUUGUUCUAAAAUCAGAUUGGAUGACCUGAAAUGUUAUUGGAUGAUCUAAAAUCUGAUUGGAUGAUCUUAAUGUUGUUCCAGGACCGUUAAAGAUGUCCUCAUUUGAAAAACAAUCAUUAUACCAUACAUCUUUGGUGCAAAGCCUCUUUUUUAACCUUGACGAAGUAUAGAUGCUCAUGAAUUUUGUGUUCAUGGAUAGUUUAACAGCAGCCCAGUCCAAAAUUUGCUCACAAAUCAAUGAAUCACUUUUCAUAAAAUCAAACACUCAGAAAUGUUAGUGCAGGGCACUGCGGUUUCAAAAACUCACCCAUCUCUCUCUUAGACAUUUCAAUAACUUGUUAUCUGUUUAUUUCUCAGGUCUUGGGCCUGAUCAUUAUCUGAUGAGUUUUUCUUAUAGUUCAUUUGUAGGGUUUUCUGUUUGUUCAGGGGUUUUAUAAUAAUAUAUCAAAUAUAUGGGACUUAUUCUAAAGCGGGUGUUGCAUGAAUGUAUGUUUACAUGGGGAAAUUAUAUAAAAAACGACUCAAAAAAGCAAAGAUUAUUAUGAAUGCUGAUUGCAGAGGAAUGAAAUCAUCAAGAGUUUAAUUUUGCUCCAAUCCUCCACGACCCGGCGGUCUCAUCUCUCAAAACUGCCACUCGAUGACUCGUGUCUGGUCAAGAGAGCUGCAGUGAUGCCUUUAUUCUCAACCCUGAGAUGACACAGAGUAUGAAACGCCAUCAUUGCUCCGCCCAUUUUCCUGUCUUUCUUUAUUCACCAUUAUACUCCCACACUGAUUGCCUUUUAGAUAGGUAUAUUAAAGUUUUUCAUGUGCACUUAAAAUGAAAAUUAUAUUUCGGGGAAAAAGGAAAUAAGAGUGAUGUUGAAUGGAAAACAUGAAACAUUUUUUCUUGAUUCAUAUUCUUUGUUUAUCGUGCAUUUUUUCAAUGCCAUCGGAUGCUGUAAUGUUAGAAGACUUUAAAAAUGAAAAUGUAAAAUCCUGUAUCAUUUAUGAAAUGUGUAUAAAAGAGAAAUGUAAUUCAAUUAUCAAUAAAUACUUAUCCAGU